CGUGGCAUGGUGAUGCUGGGCAGGCUUGAGACAUGGCGGGAAGUUCAAAGCCGAAGUUCUCGCUCGCCAUCCUAAAUUUCACUGGCGCUCGGAACUUGGCUCAGAAAAACAACUUUUAGUCAAAACCUCGAGCAGCCCAACCCCCAGAGCCAAGUCAACCUAAGCUGAGGACGACAACAACGCCGGUCUUUGGGUUUCCUGCGUACGCAGUUCAAACCACCGUUUCGCGCGUGAAACGAGCUCCCGGAGCUUACUGCAGACGGAGAACACGACCCCGAUUGAGGCUCUCGAGGCUCUGGGGCUUCGAGAGGCAAUAACCCGGCUCCGUACCUCACAAAUUCAAUCUUCGUUUCUCGACAUCAUUCAACCAACUUCAAUUCCUCUGUUCACUUUGACAUUUUUUCUCAGUAUUUUACCCUGCUGAGACACCUUUCGUUCGAUACCCACCUAGUAUAUUCGAUUCAUUUUAUCUCCACGACUCCGGGCGAGAAAGGGAAAAAAAAAAAGGAAUAAGAACAAAAAUAUAGAGAGAGACGGGACCGUAGCACAUCAAUAGCGAAGAUGUGCGGCACCAAGAUCAGCUACGCCUGCAUGACGACACUCAUCUCGCAGUCGAUCACCUGCAGCUGCGACCGCGUCGUGGCCUGCGGCAAGAGCACGCUGUUCUGCGGGACAUGUUCGCACCCACGCUGCAAGGAGCUGCGCGGCGAGGUCCAGCAGCCGGUGCCUCAGCAGCUGUCUAGCAGUCUCAGGUAAUAAAUAUGGCUUCUGGUGCUGGUGGUGAUGGUAGUGGCGGCGGCGGCGGCGGCGGCGGCAGAUGGGGGGCCCUAGUGCUUCAUCUUCUCCGCGGGUUCGCAAGCAAAGGGUCACGGCGGCAGUGGCUGGCUUCCAUCUUACCCCGUGGGGAGGAGACUCGAGUGCACUCGACAAGCAAUGAACAGCAACAACGAACGACUCGGCUCGUCGUAGUCCAUGUCUCGCCGGACGGGACGAUACGACAACUGUUUGGCGGGACGUCAAGAAGAGCUGGAGGCUGUCCAACUCGUGACUUGGUGGAAAAAAAAAGGUUUUCACUGUUCAGGGCUGGUCCUAAAACUUUACGAGAUAUGGACGUCCAAUGUAUGUUCUUUUUUCUUGAGUUUGUUGUUUUCUUUUUUUUUUUUUUUUUUUCAAUUUCUUCCCGUCUUCCAUUCUUUCUUUCGUUCAUGCAUGUUUUCUUCUUCCAUUCUUCAUUCUUCUUUCCAUGUUUUGCCGCACAUUCCAUUGCCAGGCACAAUAGAUCGACAACGGAGGUCUGGCGGAGGGGCAGCGAUUUGACACCUGGAACUCGCUGGUCGUUGAAUGUAUAUAACAUGUGUGUGCGUGAGCAGAACUUAGAGACUAUGCAACGCACACUUACCAUCCCUACCUACCUUUCCAGCUAUACAUAGUACAGGCUUACGAUCGUUGGGAGUAGCGGCGAUCAUGUGUGCGGGGGAUGUUAUGGGAUGGUGGAUCUGUUGUGAUCCGUACAUCGAAUUCCA